GUUUGAAACCUUACAGAUGGAUUUUAUUGAUUUGCCUAAGUGUCAGUGUUAUAAACAUGUACUUGUUAUUGUUGAUGUGUUUUCUAGAUGGAUUGAAGCCUUUCCAACCACUGAUUGCACUGCUUCUACGGUGGUGUCUAUUUUAUUACGGCAGUUUGUUCCUCGCUUUGGGGUUCCAAACACCAUCAGUUCGGAUAACGGCCCUCACUUUAUUGCCGCUAUCAAUAAAGAAUUGUACCGACAGCUGGGCGUAACCCAGCGGCUGCAUUGUGCUUAUCGCCCACAGGCUGCAGGAAUGGUGGAACGCUUGAACCAGACCCUGAAGACCAAGCUUGCCAAGCUGGUGGACCAAUCGGGCUCCACCUGGGUUAAAAUGUUGCCUGUUGCUUUGUUUCAGAUCAGAGUCCUUCCAGCAGGGAAGACAAGGUUGUCUCCUGCAGAGAUCAUCUAUGGCCGACCCCUGCGCACCCCCUGGACAGACAUUAUCCUGGCCACAAUGACAUUGCAUCACAUGACGGAGGAGAUGAUACGAAAUAAAUCGCUGAGAUGAGGGCCUUCGUGGCAUUAAUAUGUGUGGCGACCACUGCAGGGUUAAUCGGUUUCGGCUGGAAAUGGACAAAGCCUGAAUACGGACGGAACAAACGAGGAAAGAGAGGGAAACGAGAAAACUCCAA